AUGAGCGUGGUUGGGGCGUUGCUGUUUGGGGUUGGUUGCGGAGUCCUCACGACCGCUACAAUGUAUUUCUUGUGGUCUCUAUUCUCUCCCCAUCGCUUUGACUUUGAUGAUGACGAUGACAUUACCUCCUCCAAAAAGAUGGGGUAUCUGGCUAUUCCUACAAACCCCAAGGACAACUUAUUUCUUCAAACUAUUUCAUCUGCCCUUUUUCUGCAUUAUAAAGCUAUGGCUUCCGAAUGCAACAAGUCUUUCUGUAGAGAUUAUAUGCUCCUAAAGCCAGAGGAAGCUGGCUUGGUUGAUGUCUUUCGCAUCUUAUUUUCCGAUGACAUCGGGAAGAGAAAAUUUAUCGACUGCCCAGAUGGGAAACAGCCGGCGCCAUUCAAGCGUAGAUGGCUGAUCUUUGUUUCUAUCUUGGUGCAGAAGCUUUUGCUAGCAGUAGAGAAACCCAUGGCAUGGUUUGGUUCUUUGGUUGAGCAAUGGUUAAAUCUUCUGUCGAGCAAUGGCAGUUUAUCGAGUCUCAUGCUCAACUUCUUACGUGGAAACGUAAUAUAUACGGAAAAAACCGCAGCGAAUUUCCUGUCAUUUAUCGGACAUGUCGAUAAUCGUCGAAAGUUAGACGACAAGAUAAAACUAGGAGAUAAAAGAUACUAUGCUGCACUUUCUAUGAUGGCUGCUAAAGUUUCGUACGAGAACAAGGCUAACAUUGAAUUUACAGUUAUGGACUACUGGAAGAUUAUCAAGGGAAAGCUACAACACAAGCGUUCAUGUUCAAUGACCAAAAUGAUAAAAUCGUCGUCGCUUUCAGAGGCACCGAAGCCUUCGAUGCAAAUGCUUGGUCUACCGACUUCAAUUUCUCUUGGUCUCGGAAAGGUGCACGGCGGAUUUAUGCAAGCUCUAGGUCUGCAGAAGAACGAGGGCUGGCCUCGAGAACAGGCGGCAGAUAAGAAACAAGAAGUAGCCUACUAUGCCAUUAGGAAGAUACUGAAAACACUUCUGUAG